GACUCUCCCUAGAGUGCGCGCUCCUCCGUCGUCCUUCGUCCUGCUGCCAGGAUACGUCUCUUCCGAGUCUCUCUCCCUUUCUUCGGUUUUUUAUUCAUGUAAAUCUUCUGUGUUAUGGACCGGAGGUAGUCAUCAUGGGGAAGCGGAAUUCCAAACUGAAGCAAGAAACCAUCGACCGCCUUAUGUCAGACACAUAUUUCUCAGAAAAGGAAAUAAGACAGUGGCACAAAGGAUUCCUAAAAGACUGUCCCAAUGGGCUUCUAACGGAGCAGGGUUUCAUAAAAAUAUAUAGACAGUUUUUUCCACAAGGGGAUCCUACGAAGUUUGCCUCACUAGUGUUUAGGGUCUUCGAUGAAAAUAAUGAUGGUUCAAUCGAAUUCGAGGAGUUUAUUCGAGCACUUUCUGUGACGUCGAGGGGGAAUCUGGACGAAAAACUUCAUUGGGCGUUCAGGUUGUACGACGUUGACAACGAUGGCUUCAUCACGAGAGAUGAGAUGUACAACAUCGUCGAUGCAAUAUACCAGAUGGUUGGCCAACAGCCACAAGCGGAGGAUGAGAACACGCCACAGAAGCGAGUGGACAAGAUCUUCGACCAGAUGGACAAGAACCACGACGACCGACUGACCCUGGAGGAGUUCCGGGAAGGCAGCAAGGCAGAUCCUCGCAUAGUCCAGGCCUUGUCCCUAGGCACCGACCGCCCGGAGAGAGACAGUUCCACCUCGACCGCGUAAGACCAGGAGCAGUAGGGAGUGUUCAACUGACGGAACUUAUAACCAGAAAGUGAUUGAGCUCAGUACGGACUUCAAUAAGCACUGUUAAGUUCCCAGAUUCCAGGAUUUUUCAAAUGUUUCAAUAGCUUGUCAUUUCGAGAUUUGGAAUUGUAAAUGCUUUUGAAUUAAAGCGGUUCAAAUAUCAAAAAUCUUCGAUGGCAAGGGAAUAAAACCCAUCCCUCUUUUACUGAACUUUAAGACGUUAUCCAGGCUAACAAAAUACCCAGGCUAAGCUAUUUUGGUUCUUAAUUUUGAUGAUAAACAUUCUUUACUAUAAGAGCAAUCGCAGGUUUAAUUUUCCUGAGGAAUAAACAGAACUGUAAUUGGAAAGCGAUAGAAAAAUAGGCUUGUUAUUGGAUCAAAAUCAGGAAUUAAAAAGUAUUUUAGGUUUUUAUGGCAUUUAAAGCUCACACCUAGGAGCGAAAUCAAAUUCACUAUUCUUACUCGUCAUUUGCAUUUAAUCCAAUAACGAAAGGGGAAAAUGUUUUUGAUUGAUAUGUAAAAUAUAACCUACAACUGUUAAAUUAAUUUUGUGAAAAGGGAUAUUUGACACACAUAUACUGUAUAAUAAAGUGACAUGUAAGGGAUAGUGAUUCAAAAAAGUUGUAUAGCUCAAAUUACAGACAAACCAGCUUUUUCUUUACUAUCCAAGUCAUGAACAUGUUGGUUGUAUAGAUUUUUUAGUUUUAACUGGGUUGAAAAAUAAAUUUGUAAAAUUAUUUAAAAUGUUAUACGUAAUGAUAGAUGAGACCUCGAAUAAAAUCCUAAAGAUGAAAUGAGUCGUCUAUAUCAGUCAAAAUUAACUAAAAAAUAUUUUUAUUGUAUAAGUAAUCAAGAAUCUUUUUUCGAACUAACAAAUACGUUUUCCUUGUUUCAAGGGAUAGUUAACACGUGCUUAAUGAAGUCCCAACAGACCCUAGUUGAGAUCCUAUGUUUCUUCAUGAUAGUACUCAAAUGUGUUCAUCUGAUCUUGAUAAAGAAUGUUGGAGGUCGAAACAUAAGUACUGUCCAAGGUUUCUAGGAACUUUUGCCUAGAAAAGUUAGAGCGUCGAUGGGAUUUCAACGUGAAUUCUAAAAUCUGUGUGCAAAGUUUUCUUCAAAGUGUUGGAAAGUGUUGGUGAGUUGUGAAGACAUUGACAAUCUACAGUUUUAUCUGAAGCUUUUUUGAAUUCGUACAGUUCCAUUAGUGUUGCAUAUUUAUAUUGCCCGUUUUAGAGCGAAAACCAAAUUUGUCUUAGGUCAUACUAAUUUAUUUUGAUCACUAUUUAUUUCAAUGUAAUCUUGCUCAGUAGUACUAUUUAGUUAGAAAAAUAGGCUAGAUAUGUCCAAGUACGACCUAAACAUAGCUAUGGCCUUAUUCAUUGCGCUUUGAUUUGUUAUGUUUGCUUUUAAACUGGGUGGAGUAUAAGAGAUGGCUUUUUACUAUAGAUUGAUUGUAAAAUACUGUGCUUACUUUCCAAUUCUGUUUAUGACAAAAGAGUGUUUUAUGUUCUGUGAUAUUUUAAAUCCAUAGAUAAAAUUUAUAGCAUUAUUAGUUUCAUUUCAUGCAGAAUUUUAAGAAACUUGUGUUAAAGGUAAGAAUUAAUUUAUGUAAUAUAAAUUUCCCUUCAAAAAUCACAGUUAAUACAGAAAUGAUGUUAGCUUAACAUUUAGGUAUACUUAUAAUGUAAUGGUGAAAGUGAUCCAAAACUAUGACAAAAGGAAAAAUAAGUAAUACAUGUUUUCCUUACAUAAGUUUAUCUACAAAAUGUUAACAAAUCAUUAUUCAAUGUUAAAUGAUUUUUAGUUUUUUAAAUGGACAUCUUCUGAUUUUAAAUACAUACAAGGGUUUAGCCCGUCCUACGUAUGCACAUCUUCAGAUUUAAAUGUCUUGCUUAGCAAGACAUUCGAGCCUGGAGAGACCCACACAUACUAAAUGCAGUUUUUGUUACAUUCUUCCACGGUUGAAAAUCACAUUCACAUAAAUAACAACAGUUUAAUAUCGUAGUAAGCACAAUAUUUUACGUAAAAGCGUGACGGCUCUGACACUUCCUUCAGAAAUCGAAUAAAUAAUUUGGUGUUCGCUCGUAUUAUACUGUUUUAUAUCGCGAUGUCAUCAUUUGUGUAAUAUAUUAAGAGUGUUGUUCAUUUGAAUAUUUUUGUAUAAAUAUAACGAUAUUAUUGUAUUUGUAAAGUACUUAUUUGAAUCUGAAUUGUUAAAAGUGUACAUAUUAUAACAUAAUAUAGCUGUAUGAAUUGUUAAGAGUAUGCACACAAAUCACAUCUCUAUUAUAUAAUUUAUCCAGCCAACAUAGUUAUAUAGCUUCCGUCCGUGCGCGGAGUCACUCGCAGUGCAAUGCUGCCAAAGAAUAUAUUUAGUUAAAUAUUUUAAAUAUGUGUAAAUUUUUUCAUGUGUACAAAUUAAGUUUAUUGCAAAAGUUCUUGACAAAAUGUUGUUUUGUCGAAGAUACAAGUAUGUUUGAACUUAAUACUUGUUUUUUAGAUGCAAUCAUCUUUAUUUAACCAUUAAAAUUGGUUAUUUUCUUAUUUUAAGACAACACAUUUGUCUUUCAUGUGUUUCUUUUAAUAUUAUGCAAUUUUAAAAUGUUGCAUUGAUUUAUAAUUUACUAGGUAAGCUAGUUAUUGGUUUUAA